AUUCUAUUGUAUCACCUCAACGAAAGACCCCUUUCGCAUCACUCACUUCGCCAUCAUGGCUACAAAAUCCGAAGUCAUCGAUGAUAGCAAGUCCAUUGCUAGCUCGCCCCCAUCUCAGGGAGAGACAUGCCACCGUUCUAUCUCGCAUUCGUGAUCUUGUCUCCGCUACAGAUGUCACCCCUUCCUCCAUUGAAUCGAUUGCCGAUGCAUGUGCUCAUGAGCUCACAGUUUCUCAGCUCUCCGACCUUCUGCAAACACCCAAUAUCGAGGGUCACACGGCGCUAUAUUGGGCAAUUGUGAAUCACCGGCAAGAGGUAUUCUGGACGUUUAAAUCAUUCAUCUCCAAAUUUUCCUCCAAAUGUUCUUCCGACCUACGUCUUGCGUGCAUGCGAACUAGCGACCAUGCAUUGUUCUGGAAACUGAAUUUUCAGAAUACUGAUGCCCAAGACGAGUCUUUAAGACAAUUUCUUGGCUGUCCACAAGAUGAGAUUGAGGUGCAUAAUGUGGCAGAACUGGAUGACAACCAGUUCGUUGUUUCCUUCCAUAUCAGGAUGUUCCAAAAACGUCUGUGCACUACACGAAGGUUGAAUUAUGAUUUUGUUGCGCGAGGACGUAUAUGGUCGUUCUGCUUUGAAAUGGGGAGUAAGGGGAAAUGGAUCGCUGGCUUUGGCCUCUCUUCGCCUAGUCUUCCAGUUUCUACAGUAUGUUAUUCACUUCUGUUAGAAACUCGUACAACGAAAGGGGAAUCUGGCCGUGAAACGCCGCCUAAAAGGGUGUUUGAGGGUGUGAACAGGAAAUGUGAACUCAGAACACACGUACCGAUGGGAUACACCGGCGAUGUAGACGGCGAAAAGUACUUUUGGAGCAAUUGGAAGUUAGGCGAUCAUUUGGUGACAUACGACGAUCCCACAGAUGUAGACUGCGGUAACAUCCUACAUGCAAAGCUAGAGGUGACAAUCGAAGAAAAAUAGUUCGUUAUGGCAUUUAUUGGCUCACGGAAUGACCAGGAUACAUCAUUUAUGAUGCAUUUGGGACUGCAGAGUGAAUCUUUACAUUCGUACGGUUGUGACUACGCAAUCGAUGUCUUAUUUUUUGAUCGUUACGAAGAUUCUGUGUGUUACGAAAUCUUGUCAUCUUGAAUUUCUAAGAUUUGUAUCUACCUGUACUUAGACAUCCGCAUCUACACAUAUCUACCUCAUCGUUUUUUGGGUAUGAAGUACCACCGUCCGUGCUUCUC